AUGCCAUCACAAGAAGAAAAAGAGAUACUUACCUUUAAUACUAAAGUAUUGCACGAUAUUUUCAAAACUUCUUGGAAGAACCCAAAGACAAAAGUGGGAAAAGAAGCAUUGAUCCUUUCAGCUGAAUAUUUACGUAUUUUUACUACCCAAGCUAUUAUACGUGCAACUAAUGAAGCUAUGAAUGAAGCUGGGGGUGGAUCCUUGAUAAAAUUAGAAGUUGCACACUUAGAAAAGGUUAUUCCCCAACUUUCAAGAGAUUUUUGA